AUGGCAGAGCUUACCUGUGAGCAAGCUCGACAAAUCGUGGAUGAGAUUAGCCAAAGGAAUGGUAUCAUCACUGAUGAAGAUCGAGCCGCAACGCCGCCUGCCGUUAUAAAAGCGCUGCAGAGUGUUCGCAAUCAGCUUGGAAGUCGUCGGCACCCAUGGACGCCAUGCGACACACCAGAUGUUAGAAGGGAUGUUGUGUUUCAGUUGAUCUCCAGCGCCCGCUCGUUGCACUACAAUUGGGCAAAGAAGCAAGGAAAAGAACCCUACUUUGCCUUAGAUGUGUCUCCGGACCGUAUGAUUAUCGACACCAAUGACGAUGGGUGCCUGAAAAGCGACAUCGUGCGGCUUUCUGAGGGCGGUGCUCCUUUCCUCCAAAAUGCCCGAACCAGCAACCUGUAUGACACAAUUCUUCCGUAUACAUUUAGAAUUGCCAGGACAGCCCAUAUACAGUCAGGUCCGUUUUCCUUCGCCCUUGCGCCUCAAAGUCUCGAUGACAGACUUGGAUUUACAACCCCGGUAAACAAAGACCCGGCAUCCUUGCCCGGAGGAGUGCGCACCAGGAUAAUUUUGUACCCUGCUCUGCCUAAGGGAUUUGAUAAAUUGGUGAAUGAGUUUAAGGAUAUUGCAAACAACGGUUUCGUGCUGGUCGAUCCUGACGACACUCGCCAACCUGUGUGCAAGAAAUUUGUUUUCAUUGUCAGUCUGGAAAACUUCCAAAUAACAGGUCUAACAUACGAAUUCCAAGUGCGAGACGGCAUUCUGGAGGUCACCAAAACAUAUCCUGGUCUUUUUAACUCUUUACAAUCAUUUACGGAGCGCUUCCUCCUAUACAAGCCAACUAUUUCGUCGUUGUUGUUCGAUAAGAUGGCGCUAUUGUUUCCUAUCGAUCAAAACUCAAGGCCCGCCAUACGAUCUCGGAAGGCUUACCAUAUUGUUGGUUCAUUCGCUUUUCCUAUUAGAGGAGAGGAAUUCAGUUUUGUUGUAUGUGUGACUGUGACGAAGUUCGUCCCGGUGAGAGAUGCCGACAUCGACACUUCUGCGUUGUUAAAGGAUUGUGUCAUCAAUUCCUUUUGUGGUGCCGUUUCCUUCUGUCAAAAUCACUCCUUGUUUUAUGAAUGGGUCCAGUACAUUCCCAAACAGAGCAGUGCCUCACCGGCUUGGCAUAAAACAGUUCAAGUGUUAAUUGAAAACCUCCGAGUGGCCCCCGUUUUCCAGAGUCAGAACGGUGUUCUAAAAAGCCUGUCUUCACUUCGGUACUUGUCCCCGGGGCAUUAUGGCGCAGAUAACGAGCCCUUGUUCGGAUCUUGGGACGAUGAACAUUACCUCUCUACAAAGUACAGUGCCUACCUCGAUCUUUUGAAGCCUCUAGGCCUCCAAGAAAUCUCGGACCAUGAACUCCUGGAAAGACUCAAACCGGUCCUGACAAAACCUUUGCGCGUGCUGCCAAGUUCCAACUUAUGGAAGGAACGGGUGUCGCUUGUCCUACGACUGCUAAUAGCGUGGCUAAAGAGCGAUCCCAAUAACACUUUGGCAACUGAGAUAAGGAACAUUCCGCUUAUUGAAUUGAGCAACGGCUCUUUCGUUCGAGGGAACGACCUAAAUUUGACAAGAUCUGAAGCCGAUUUGGCUUUUGCAAACGAUGCCGUCUACUUUCCGAAAGACACCAACGGCAAUGACAUUCCGCAAUGUCUUGAUAUUUUGACUGUUUCAGAGGAAGCAAUUAGGGACAACGACCAAAAAGAACUAUUUUGUCUCCUUGGGGUUCGACAUGCAAGUCCUGAACUGGUCAUGAGGCUAAUCAGCGACCACAGCCAUUCCACCUCCCGUGUGCUGACGACCGUUAUGAACCUUAUAGCUGACUUUGUGCAUAUUCUAUGCUACGUCUAUGAGAGCUGCGCCAAAGAUGAUCACCUGAAGACGCCUUGCCUUAUGAUUUUUGAUGAGCAGCGUCUGAGGAGACUGGUAUGCGGGAACUCCUGCCCGAGGUAUAUUCCCUCCGAUGUAUACUUCAGAACGGAUGGUGCCUACGGAACGGAAGCUAUUGCAAAAACAUUGGACUCGGAAUCUUUACUCAGCCCACGCAUUCUUCUGUUGCACCCUGCCUUUCUCUAUCCAAAUAACAUAAGCAAAACGCACAUAGCCGAUGAUGCGUGGAGAAUAUGGCUGGAACAGCAACGGAUAAUACGGCGAGUUCCCCGGUUGACACACUGGAACAACCGUAAACAACUCUCUGAGAUAUUCAACACAAUAAUAUCCCACCAUCCAGACAUUCUUCUUGGUAUCUUGGGAAGAUAUUGGGACACAUACGGAAUAGAGAUAAGAGGAGAACCGCUCAUUGCAUCCGCUAUCAAGGGAGCGAAAGUACCAACGUCAAAUGGACUGGCGAGGCUUGAUGAAUGCUACUUUCCCAUCCCAGAGUUUUGUAACCUGGUUGAGGCCAUGUCCACCACAUUGAACAUCAACUUUCUCAAAUUACCGGGGAUCUGGGGUCCGGACAGUGAGCAGGAACGGGGAUUUCUCCGAGAGCUUGGUGUGUCCAGUGGUGGAGCGGCGACAUUUAUAAAGGUCGUUAAAGAUCGCUUGUUAUCCACCAUGACAACAGAGGAUGCCAAACCGCAUUUUUUCGAAUUAUACAGAUGGAUAUCUGAGAGAUUAUUUGACGAUGACCCGUGUUGUUCUGACGUACACUGGGGAUUUUUCGAUGACGAGAGGACCGUCUAUAUUCCGAAUAGCGGUGACGGUGCAAAGUUAGUGUGUCUCGAUCAAUGCGUUUGGCAUGGCCCCUUGUGGUUGCGGACUGCGCACGCUCUUGCGUUCCAUGAGGAAUAUGCGAGCGACUCGAAAAUACGACGCCUAUUCCUAGACACACUCGAUGUGAAGGACGCGGACUGGGGAACCUAUAUGACCGAAUUAUUGCACUUACAGGAUGUCGGGGUAGGCUUGCUAGAAGAGACGCAAAGGAUAUACCAGGCUAUCGUGGAGGAUAUAGAAGAUGGGGAGGAUUGGAACAGUCUGCGGAAUCAAUUUCAUCUAAGCAAGAUGAUAUAUGUACCAGGCUCAAAGCGGUGGUAUGCACCUCAACAGUGCAUCUGGGCAUUAUUUUCAACCGCGGACAAAAUGGGGAUAAGUGGUGUCUAUCCGGGUAUGGAGAGCUUCUUUGUUGAGAGGCUCCGGGUCCGGCCACCUUCCAUACAUUCUUAUAUCAGCCGUAUUCAGCUUCUUCGCGAAGAGAAAGGAAGUGACACUGAGGUUAUUGAGGCUCUGUGCUAUAUCAACAACCUCAAACCAACGAUGUCUGACUUGAAUUGCCUCAAGCUUAUCGAUUUCCUGCCAAUCGAGGGAGUUGAGAAAAGAUUCUACUGGGGAUCCGUAACAUCCGAUUUCUUUAUCAUUGAUAGGGAUGGCUGGCCUAUGCUAUUCUAUGGAAAGGUGCCAACUGUUCAGUUUAGCCUGACAAAAGUCCGUCAAUUAGCUCCACUCUUGAAAUCUCUGGGGCUAGAAAACCGCUUCAUUUCCAUUUGCGCAGCGAGGGAAACCAGCAUCUCAAAGUUUCCUUCGCAGUCCUCAGAGCAUCUGACGACUGACUUCUCUCAAAGAUCAUCAUAUUUGUCUAGAUGCGUCGCCCACUUCAACGGCGGAAAUGUAAAUGCUGCUCGCGAAUUAUACGAAACUUUUCGAAAGGCAGUAGUAUACGAAACUGCGCAUAUCGUCGGAAAAUGUACCUUGACUUCGCUGUCCGGCUCCAGCACAAGUUUGGAAACAUACAGCAGACUACAUAUGGAAUAUCUGAACGGCAAAUUGAGCAUCUUCGUCCCUCCUGAUGAAAAUGAAAGACUUAUAUGCUACGCGACGCAACUGCCGGAGUCAUUAAUAACUUCCCUGGAAAUCAAAGAUCCCGCUGCCCAUGGGAUAUUCGCUACAGUUCUUGUUGUAGCAUUUGGGACCGUGGAUGGUAUAUUAAAGACUCAUGGUAUUCCUGAAGUAUCCGAUCUUGACCCUGUCAGCUUGGUGACUAUCGACGAUUCGGAAUCUGUCUAUGAGGAUGCGCUAGAGGAGGUUUUUGUACCGAGGGCUUCAAUUGCUUGGGGUGGCAAGGAUCAAUUGCUGGCAUCUGAACAAUCAGAACUUCAGCUUGUUCUACGACCAAAGGACAUGCACAUCACGGAGUAUCGUCCACACUCGGACAGACAAGAAAUGAUGGUCAAGGAAGAUGCGGACGGAUGA